AUGGAGUAUACAGACAUCAACAAGAUAAUAUCUCAGCACAUUGAUGUACUAGGUCCUUUGCCUUUGGCCUGGUGGGAGUCUUGGGAGGAAAGAGAUGUAUUCUUUGAUGGUAAUGGAAACCCUAAGAAGGGCAGAGAUGUGUGGCCACCGAUCAACGAGGCAUUUGAGGAAGGUGUGCAGAAGUAUCGUCGGAUGGACAAAAUAGGCGAGUUUGAUAGAGAGGAAGCCUCUGCGAUAUUGGACUUGAUGUGUCGGAUGCUAGCCUUUCGGCCUGGGGAUCGUCCGACUGCUGAGGAGGUGCUGGACUCAGAGUGGAUGGUGCGUUGGGCAUUACCUGAUUUCCAGCGGGCGCAGUAG